CCGUUCUCGCGAGAGUUGAUGGGUGUAUGUGUGGGCUGCGGGCGGAAGUGAGGCCUUUUCUUGCGGCGGAGCGGCUCUGCGAGGAUGAAGCUGAACAUCUCUUUCCCAGCCACUGGCUGCCAGAAACUCAUUGAAGUGGAUGAUGAGCGCAAGCUGAGAACAUUCUAUGAGAAACGGAUGGCCACAGAGGUUGCAGCUGAUUCUCUUGGUGAGGAGUGGAAGGGCUAUGUUGUCCGGAUCAGUGGUGGCAAUGACAAACAAGGCUUCCCCAUGAAGCAAGGUGUCUUGACUCAUGGACGUGUUCGCCUUCUGCUCAGCAAGGGCCACUCCUGCUAUCGCCCCAGAAGAACUGGAGAAAGAAAACGUAAAUCCGUUCGUGGUUGCAUUGUUGAUGCCAACUUGAGCGUUCUGAACUUGGUCAUAGUGAAAAAGGGUGAAAAGGAUAUUCCUGGGCUGACAGACACAACUGUGCCCCGCCGUCUUGGUCCCAAGAGGGCUAGCAGAAUCCGCAAGCUGUUCAACCUGUCUAAGGAGGAUGAUGUUCGCCAGUAUGUUGUGAGGAAGCCUCUGAACAAAGAGGGGAAGAAACCCAGAACCAAGGCUCCUAAGAUCCAGCGACUAGUGACUCCUCGAGUUCUGCAACAUAAGCGCAGACGUAUUGCUCUGAAGAAGCAGCGCACUCAAAAGAAUAAGGAGGAAGCGGCAGAGUACGCGAAGCUCUUGGCCAAGAGAAUGAAGGAAGCCAAGGAGAAACGCCAGGAGCAGAUUGCGAAGAGGCGCCGGCUUUCUUCAUUGAGAGCUUCUACAUCUAAGUCUGAGUCGAGUCAGAAGUAAAGAUGUGUAUGUGAUACUAAAAAUAAACCCUUUUUGUGGUUAAUUUUCAGUAUGAGACUUCCAGUGCGUAUUGUUACUGGCCAUGUCUUAAAAUAAAUAGUAGUCUAGACUAA